AUGGAAUCCGCUGCGAUAUCAUCUGAUGAUAGUUGCGAUUCUGAAAUGAAAUCCAUGAAAUCUGAAUUGAUCGAUUUUGGUUUAGAAGACGAACGCUUAAGUAAAGAUGAAAUGAGAGAUCUAUUGAAAGCCUUAAAAAAUUCAAAAUCUACAGAAAAAGAGGAUGAAGUUGCUCGUAACACACGAGAGAACAGUUCCUGCAGUUCCUUGACAACAAAUUCCAUGAAGAGGCGGUAUUUGAAUGUGAAGGAUAGACGCAUGCCAUGGAGUUUAUUACCCAAUACUUUAACACAAGCUGAAAAAGCUCGCACACUUGCAGUUUACAUUAAACUGAUGUCUAUAAAUACAUAUCACCGAGCAAGGCAAUCUGCACAUUUUGCAGAAUGGCCUCCACCAAUACAAAUUAUUGAAGAGACCACAAGAAUUCAACCCAUAAGAUCUACUAGAAGUGGUAGAUCAGUACCUGUAUAUGCUGAUUUUGAUGAUGAUUCCUCAGAUUUAGAUUUUGUUGUGACUAAAACAAAAAAAAGAAAAGUUUCUUCUAGUGAUCAAAAUGGGAGUGAUGGUAUUUACUCCAACAAAGUUCUUAGCUUGAAAAGGAAACCUAUUAAAGAUGAGAAUAAUAGACCUAUGAAGGAAGCUAAAAUAAGUACAGAUAAUAAAAUAGAGACUGUAUCUUCUGAAAAUUAUGGUGCACUCAAGAAAGACCUCUUUACAUUAAUUGAAGACUGA